CUAGCCGCUGUGUUGCGUGUGGGCAUUCUCUCCGGGCUGGCGAGGAGGCCACUCGCCCCUUCCCGCAUGGACGAGCAGGACGGCAGCUGCAGCUCCAGCUGGGAGGCCUCCCGGGACAAGAGCAGCCCCGAGUCACCUUGGUCGUGGAUUCCAAUAAUGAGAGACCCUGGAUGGAUUCGCAAUGUGUGGUCGUCCAACAUCAACGCUCAAACCAUGAAUUACGUCGGGCAGCUGGCGGGCCAGGUGUUCGUCACGGUGAAGGAGCUCUACAAGGGCCUGAACCCCGCCACGCUGUCUGGGUGCAUCGACAUCAUCGUUGUCCGCCAGCCCAACGGGAGCCUGCAGUGCUCCCCGUUCCACGUGCGCUUUGGGAAAAUGGGGGUGCUGCGCUCCCGGGAGAAAGUGGUGGACAUAGAGAUCAACGGGGAGUCUGUGGAUUUGCAUAUGAAACUGGGGGACAAUGGAGAGGCAUUUUUCGUCCAGGAGACUGAUAACGACCAGGAAGUGAUCCCCAUACACCUGGCCACCUCCCCCAUCCUGUCCGAGGGGGCCUCUCUCAUGGAGUGCCAGCUGAAAAGGAACUCGGUGGAUCGCACGAGAAGCCUGGACUCCAGCACGUCUGUGCAGGUGCUGCCGCCCAGCGAGACCUCCUCCAGCAGCUCCGUGGUGAAGAAGAGGAGAAAGAGGCGGAGAAAGUCCCAGCUGGACAGCCUGAAGAGGGACGACACCGAGAACACCUCAGAAGAUGAAGACGUGUUCCCCAUAGAGAUGAGCUCCGACGAGGAGACGGACCCGCUGGACAGCAGUAGAGACCUCAGCGACAGGCCGCCGUUCCCGGACGAGGCUCCUAAGGAAGACCUGCCCCCGGGGCGGUCCUACCCCCAGUCGGCGUCUUACCCUAAUUCCGACAGAGAGUGGACGCCCAACACCAGCCCGCUAGAUUGCGAAAGGACACCCCCUCAUCUUGCAGUAGCGAUGGAGGGAGGCCUUUCUAGCUCUUGCCCUCCGCAGCCCUCCCACUUCCUUGCUUCGGAAAGCCCUUCAGUUUCCCGGCCUUCAACACCUAAAAGCGAUUCAGAGCUGGUCAGUAAGUCCCUGGAUAGACCGAAGAACAAUCUAGAAAUGCUCUGGCUCUGGGGAGAACUGCCACAAGCCGCCAAGGGGGUGUGGACUGGGCCCGUGAGUGUGCAAACGCCGGCCCAUGACCCCGAGUUUCCUGUCCCAGACGCCUUCUCGGAGCAAGCUGUAUCCUACCAGCAGUUCGUGGACAACCCGGCUCUCAUCGAUGACCCCAACCUGGUGGUGAAGAUCGGGAAUAAGUAUUACAACUGGACCACAGCGGCGCCGCUGCUCCUGGCCAUGCAGGCCUUCCAGAAACCUCUGCCAAAGGCCACUGUGGAAUCUAUCAUGAGGGAUAAGAUGCCCAAAAAGGGAGGAAGAUGGUGGUUUUCCUGGCGGGGAAGAAAUGCCACAAUCAAAGAGGAGAGUAAGCCGGAGCGGGGCUUGUCUGGGAAGAGCCACAGCACCGGGGAGCAGCCGGCACAGCUGAGCUUGGCCACCAGGCUCAAGCACGAGUCGUCCUCCAGCGACGAGGAGCACACCGCCGCCAAGCCGUCCAGCACCGGCCACCUCCCUCUGCUGCCCAGUGUCAGCUACAAAAAGACCCUCCGCCUCACCUCAGAGCAGCUGAAAAGCCUCAAGCUGAAGAACGGCCCCAACGACGUGGUCUUCAGUGUCACCACGCAGUACCAGGGCACGUGCCGCUGCGAGGGCACCAUCUACCUGUGGAACUGGGACGACAAGGUCGUCAUCUCCGACAUCGACGGCACCAUCACCAGGUCAGAUACUCUGGGCCACAUCUUGCCCACCCUUGGGAAGGACUGGACCCACCAGGGCAUUGCCAAGCUGUACCACAAAGUAAGCCAAAAUGGAUAUAAGUUCCUCUACUGCUCGGCGCGAGCCAUCGGGAUGGCGGACAUGACCAGGGGCUAUUUGCACUGGGUCAACGAGAGGGGCACGGUGCUGCCCCAGGGGCCGCUGCUGCUGAGCCCGAGCAGCCUCUUCUCCGCGCUGCACAGAGAAGUGAUUGAGAAGAAGCCAGAAAAAUUUAAAGUCCAGUGUCUGACCGACAUCAAAAACCUGUUUUUCCCCAAUACAGAGCCCUUCUAUGCUGCAUUUGGAAACCGCCCGGCUGACGUGUACUCCUACAAGCAGGUCGGGGUGUCUCUGAACAGAAUCUUCACCGUCAACCCCAAAGGCGAGCUCGUGCAGGAACACGCAAAGACCAACAUUUCCUCGUACGGGAGGCUCUGUGAAGUGGUCGACCACGUCUUCCCGUUGCUGAAAAGGAGCCACUCUUCCGACUUCCCCUGCUCAGAUACCUUCAGCAACUUCACCUUUUGGCGGGAGCCGCUGCCGCCCUUCGAAAACCAGGAUGUUCAUUCAGCCUCAGCGUGAAACGUGCUGCGCCACCUCCCGACGCCGGAGACCAGCAGCCCCGACAGGCCGGGUCCGGGCUGGGGGCCGGGGGCCGGGGCUCCCGGCCGAGGACAGAGAACUGGGGAGCGUUUCCCCGCCUCUCUCCCGGCUGGCCGGCCUUUGGAAGCGCCCCGUGAGGGGAACGCUUGGGGGCAAGCUCCCGGUCGUGGCCUCCAUCUGCCCCGGCCCCAGGGUCUUGAACAUGCCAGGUGGGCCGAGGGCCUGUGCCGCGGUGGCCGCCCGGGCUCCCUGCGACGGCAGCUCGCUGAGGACGGUGGGACGACUUGGGCAGGGCGGGGCACGUUCCCCGAGACCGUCCCCUCCCUCUGGCCUCGCGAAUGCCCCGCAGCGUUUGCCCACCGACUGACUGUUAGGCGAGAAGCUCUUUAAUCCCUCUGAUUAAAGAUAACCCAUGCCACUGGCCUCUCCCCUGUUUCUGUGACUCGAGGCCGGCAUCGGGGUCCCUGGCGCGCCGAUGGCCGACGUUUUAUUUACUGGAAUGUGCUUUGCCCGGCGCUGCCACUUUGCUUACACGACGCGGGCAGCCGUGCAGGUCAGGCAGCACCCGGCCGGCGGCUCCGUCCAGCGAGGCGGCACCGGGAGCCCAGACUCGGCCAGAGCGUGCUGCGAGCUCGGGGCUCGGACAGCCGGCCGGCUUGAGGGAAGCUUUCAGGGACUGGAAUUGUGUCCUCUGUAGGCACCAUGAGCCGCCUCCCACGGCUGUCACGCUGCCCGGCCCGGGAGGCGGGCGCCCGGCACCGUGUCCUGCACGAGGGACACGUCCCGCUCCGUGGCUUCCCCCACGCAAGUUGAGGGCGUCUGAGGAAGCAACGGCCCGGUGUGUUCUCCAGGCCGUAGGAGACAGCUCUUUGCUGUUUAUUGACCUGGCUUAUAGCAAGUGCAGUUUGGAAAGUGGAAAUUAUUUUGGUAAAAGAUUUUGCUUCUGCAAGUAUUAUUUUUUUAAAGCGUGUUUUACUCCGCCGAUGGACGCACGCUCUUAAUUACGCCGUCACAGUCGUAGGAGGCAACGUGGAGCGUUUGAAUGGCAUUUUACUCUUUCUGUGAAAGAAAACCCAGACGUGUGUGGCUGUGGCCGACGUCCGGCGGCUGCCGGCUGCGGCUCGCUGCGGCUCCUGCAGC